AGAACGCCAAAAGGCCAAAGCCGAAAUUACGGUUAUGCCCUCGGUCCAGCUGCGAAGACCGCGUGCCCCCUUUUUCCGUCUCGCUGGAAAUUUCUCGCUCGAUUCCCAGGAGGAGAAGAAUCGCCCAAAAUCCUCAUCGCCAUCGCCAUCGCCGUCGUCGUCGUCAUCGUCGUCUAGGGCUUCUCUCUCUUCUCUGAUCUGAUCAGCUUCUCUCGUCGCGAUCUAGAGAGAAAGAGCGAGGGGAAAUGGAAGAAGGGAUGGAGCGAUGGAAGGUGCAGCUCGAGGACUGGGCCGGCCAGCUCCGGGAAUUGCUCCACCCCUGCCUCCAGCACGUCCACCAGAUCCCCCCCGCCCAGCUCUACGCCGCCAUCGCCGUCCUCUCCCUCACCGCCCUCUUCCUCCUCUCCCUGAGGCUGUUUAAGCGGAAGAAGUCCAACACCAUCGUGCUCGCGGGGCUCAGGAGCGGCAAGACCGUCCUCUUUCAUCAACUGCGAGAUGGAUCUUCGCAUCAGGGCACGGUCACUUCGAUGGAGCCAAAUGAGGGCACUUUCGUGCUGCACUCCGAGACCUCGAAGAAAGGCAAAAUAAGACCUGUUCAUGUCAUUGAUGUUCCUGGCCAUUCUCGUCUGAGGCCCAAACUAGAUGAGGUUUUGCCACUGGCUGCUGGCAUAGUUUUUGUUGUUGACGCUCUGGAUUUUUUGCCAAAUUGCCGUUCAGCUUCCGUAUGUACUGCGUACCUGUAUGAUAUUUUGACAAAUGCCAGUGUUGUCAAGAAGAAAAUUCCCAUCUGCAUCCUGUGCAAUAAGACUGACAAAGUGACUGCACAUACUAAGGACUUCAUUCGCAAGCAACUGGAGAAGGAACUUGACAAAUUAAGGGCAUCAAGAAGUGCAAUAUCAGCAGCUGAUAUUGCCAAUGACUUCACCCUUGGAAUAUCGGGAGAAGCUUUUGCAUUUACUCAGUGCCACAACAGGGUUACAGUCGCGGAAGCUUCUGGUCUGACAGGAGAAAUAGCUCAAGUGGAAGAGUUCAUUAGGGAACAUGUAAAGCCCUAACAAUGGUAACACCUUCAGGCAUUAGACGUCCGGUGAACUUGCUGUGAUUAUCAGAUGAACAUCGAGAAGCUGUAAAAUUCCUACUUAGGUGCUUGAGGCAGAGUACAAUGAAGAAUAUUGUUGAGGACAAAUUUUUUUUUUCCCCUUCUUUCAGGGGCUUUGACUGCGAUUGUCCAAAUAUGGUAGAAUUGAUUCUUUCAGUUAGAUGGGGCUUUGAUUACCCGUGGCUCUUCUGGGUACUGUAAAAUGAUUGUGGAUAUGGGGUUGUGGUGUCCAAUUUCUUCACUCACAGCUUUAUUCUGUACUUUGCCUUGGACUUUUGGUGCCGUAUGCUUCUAUAGCAUUUUCACUUAGAUAUAUAUAUUA